ACUACCCGAAUACACCUGUGUUGUGUAGGUGCGGCAGUGCACCUGACUCGAUCCGCGCAGCUAAGUGUCCUAGUCGCCAUGAGUGCGGAGGAGGAUAAAUGUGAUUUAAUACCGGUGUCUUUACUGGACGAUGGCCCUGACACCGGGGAAGGUGACAGUUUUAAAAACGUUAAAAUAGAAUUUCAACAACCCAUUUUUUCCGCUUUGAAUACAAGUGGACUUCAGCAGAGCGGAACUCACCCUAGCAAGGAAGGAGUCACAGCGCUGUCCGGCGCCUCGAGCCCUUCAGCCGUGACCACCUCGGACUCAGAAUCGGGAAUAUUCUCCAGUGAAUCUGAACUGUGCGUGGAACACGACUCUGAAAUCGACUCGUUUUGCUGCACCGAGCAGAAAGUCGUCUGCUCGCAGUGUCCCGUCGUGGGGUCUUGCCAGGGCCACACGGUAACGCGACUGGCCAGCAGAGCAACCGUAGUACGGAACCAGCUGGUGGACGUGUGUGAGCAGAUACAGCUGCAGGCCUUGAGGAUCGAGCGCUUCAUCACACACACUCUGAGCAGUAAGGAGCGCACUCUGCAGCUGGAGGCGGCGGGCGCGCGGGAGCGCGUGGUGUCCCAGGGCAGCGCGGUGCGGGAGGCGGUGGAGGAGGAGGAGCAGAGGCUGCUGGAGGAGGUGCAGACGGAGCAGGAGAGGGUGGAGCAGUGUCUCCUCACCCAGAGAGCCCACUGGAGCCAGGCCCUGGCCACGCUCACCAACACACGAGCACGCCUGGUGCACACCCUCACACACUCACCCGACACGCUGCUAGUGUCAGCAGGCUCAGAAAUAGCUGAAAGGGUGGAGGAGGCGGAGGGUGUGGGGGAGCCAUGUGACACGGAGCAGCUCUCUCUGCCCGCAGGCUGUGGGGCCAGCAGGCUGAUGAGGGCCCUGUGGGCCAGCGCCCUGCUGCUGGGGCCCUCUGCUCACGGUUCAGCCAACCUGACAUUUAACGAGCGCACUGUCAGCUCUCUGCUCUCCCUCUCUGAUGACCUUUGCACCCUGACCUUCCUGCCCAAGCGGGCCCGCCAGUCCCCGCCCUACGACCCCGCUCGUUUCGACUGCUGGCCCAACGCCCUGGGCUCCCUCUCCCUGUCCUCUGGUACCCACAGCUGGGUGCUGGACGUGGGGCAGAGCGCGGCCUUCAAGGUGGGCGUGUGCUACGCCAGCGUGGAGCGCAAGGGCUCCGGGAAGGAGGCUCGUCUGGGCUACAACGCCCAGUCCUGGGUUCUGUCGCACUACGACGGAGACUUCUCCUUCUGCCACGCGGGGAAGAGCACCGCCCUGCAGGUGGUGCACAGGCCCAGCACCAUCGGCCUGCUGCUGGACUGGCCCAGCCAGACGCUGCUGUUCUACGACCCAGAAUCCUUUGCGGUCCUGCACUCUGUCAGACACACGUUCAGCGCGCCUCUCCUUCCCGCCUGCGCUGUGGCCGACCGCAGCAUCACCAUCCUGCACUGAGCGCACGCCAGCAACGCUGCCACCUGCUGGUCACUACUGGUCACUGCUGGUCACUACCGGUUUGGAAGGAAAAUAACUGAGAAUUAAGUUAAAGAAUUGUUGUUGGAAAAGCUUCCUUUCAUGCAUUUCGUCAUCUGGUUUUCACUGUAUGCAAUCUGAAAGCCAUAGUGAUGGAAUUAGUCUUAUAUUUUAUUUAUCAUAGGACUCUAAUCUGACAUAAUGACAUUUUUCAAGAUAUCUGUAUGUCUGUUGAUCAAAUUUUACAGUAGUCCUCUGUAGCUCUGUCCAUUCAUAAUUUUGGCAAAAUAUUGUAAAUUUACAAUUCUAUUAUAUUUCCUGUAAUUUAUAUACUUUGUAUUUUUAUAAUCUGUAAAUCAACAUUUUACUACAUACAGAUGUUUUUUUUAAUGUCUGAAACUUUUAAAAGCUAAAUAUUUAACUGGUUGAUCCAGUGGAACAGUUUAAUGUGUUUCAGACAGUAGAUGAUUAUUUCCAUUUAGUGUAUUGUUAUGGACAUUAUGGAAUGUUAUGGAAAACAUUGCCUAUUUUCCCAUUAUGGAUAUUAAAUCAAUUACAUUUCAGCA